UUUGAGAGUCUCUCUGAACAAUAUAUAAGAGCCUCUAUUGUAAUCUUCUGAACUUAAUGAGAAAAUAUAUUCAGUUUUCAUAAAGUUAUAGUUUUUCUCAACGGUCACUGGCAGACGCAGCAAAUAAUUUAAGUGGGGUCAUAAUUUCUUACUACCAACCCAAAAAGGCCAAAUAUAAAAAAAAAGAGGUGUUAUUACAAUAAAGAGAACAAAAUACGGGUGCAAUAUGGAGGUUUUGAACUCGGAUUAGGGGGUUCAGAGGAUGAGAACUGUCACCAACUGAGCUCUGUCAUAUUAGUAUAUAUUAAACUUACAAAUCAACUUUUUAUAGUUAACUGGUGUCAAGUGGACCUGUUUUUCCUCUAUGGGUCCACCCUUGCAUCUACAUUCGAACCCGAAUCGCUUAAAUUUCCAAAACUCACCUACGAUAAUAGACUAUCCUUGUGUGGUUGAGACACUGAUUAAGCUCUCGCAUUGGUUUUCAUUAUUACGUUAUUAACCAUAUGUCACCUUUUUGUUUGCAUGCCACACUACGAGUAUUGGUGCAUAUCAUAAUGAAAUAAUCACAAGAAGUUUCGAAUCAAAGAAAAAAUUCAUAACGGAAUAACGACAGUCAUCCAACGUUCCAAACCAAAACUUCGGCCGCGAAAUGUACAUUCCCACACGUUUUAAUGAAUAAGACCAUUUCAUAGUUCAUGAAUAGUUUACUAAUUCUCACAAUGGAAUGUUUCAGUACUGGUUCUGCGCAUAUAAUUUUUUUGCAGUUAGAUUUUUUAUUAAAUAUAAUUGUUCCCAUGCAAUAGCUGUGUUUGGACCAUCGUGUAUAUAAUAUAUAUAGCUACUAGGUGGUAACCUGCGCCUUGCGCAGGAUGAAUGAACUAAAAAAUCAUAUUGUUUAAUUUAAUAGAUAUAAUACACACAAAGUGAUAGUCACCUUAUUACUCCAUUUACGAAUUGAUCUUUUAAAAUUAGAAAACAUUUUAUUCUUAUUUUUAAUAUAAGGAAACAAAGGUUGCGGCUUGAUUGAAAAAUCAAUCAAUCUCAAAUCAAUAAUCAAUUCUGAUUUUGAAAAUUUUCAUAUUUUGUCGCUAUUUUUUGUGUUAUGUUAAAUUAUGUUAAAGAUAAAUACAUGCUAUUUCUAAAAAAUAAAAUAAAUAAAUAAAUACAUGCUAAUUAUUUGUGAACCCGCAAUUUUUACCCAAUAUCAAAUUUUAGAUAAUCGGAAAUAUUCUUUAAAAAUAAGCAAAUACUUAAUAUAAAUUUAUUAUGAGUUUAAAAUAAAACAAAACAUAGGCAAUAUAAUUAUUAUUUAAUUCAUAAAAAAUAUGAUUAAAAUAUAAAAUGUAACAAAAGUAAUAGAAUUAUAAAAUAUAAAAGAAACAACAAAAAACUGAUAAAAGCACAACUAGUAUGAAUAGUUUCUUCAGGACUCCUGGUUUUUAAAUCAACAACGGAGUUGAAGCCUGUCAUUUGUGUUCUGCUUGAAAGAAUGGUUUUUGAUAGUUUGAUGUCGGAAUAAGAAUGUGAUGAGGAGAUGUGUCCAAGGUUUGGUAUUUAUAUACGUAUGAUUAUCGCUGACGAUAAUCUUUAGAGUUAAUGUGAUAAAAUCAAAUCUCCCUGAUUAUAGAGAAUUUUCACUAAUUACAGUAACUUUACUUGCGCUCCAAUUAAGAAUUAUAACUUGCUUUAACACAAAAUAUAUUAAAUCAAACCAUAUCAAAUAAGGUACAGACAAUUAAAAACAAACUGAGACGAUAACCCCAACUUUCAUAACCGUGUGCCAAAUUUUAAAAUUUUGGAAAAUAAUCAAACUUUCCUUUUUUUUACAAACGUAAUUGCCGUAUCAAUUUAUGUAUCUCGAUUUUGUCAUAUUAAUUCACUUUCUAUUUUUAAAAUUGUUAUUAUAUCUACAUUUAUUAACCGUGUGCUGUAGUUUUAAAAUUUUGAAAUUUUGAUAAACUUUCAGUUAUAUACAAUCAAUUUGACGUAGCUGAUGUUAGAUCAAUUUUAGAAACGUGAUCAAACUUUCAUAUAUAUACAACCACUAACUAUGUAAGGAGUAAGGACUCGAUUUGACGUAGAUACCCAGUUAAGUUAGCUCAAAAUACAUAUUUUAUGUUUGAUUAUGCUAAUACUAUCAACAUUAAUUUAUGUUAGACAAAUGACUUGGAUAUGUCAAUGACGUAUAGUAUAUUACUGAUGUCUGUAUAUAUUAAAACCCAAAACCUCACAUUAGCUAUGAAUACAUUAUAUACACAAUUUAAUCUAUAUUCGACUACAAUUAACAUUAUAGUUCUAAAGCAUAAUACGUAAUACAUAAAUAUACAAUUGAGGUUGAUACCGAAGUAGAAAACCUACGUAAAUAUGCAAUAGCUGUGAUGGCUGCACCAAUUAAAUGACCAACUCAAUAGACCCAAAGGUUCGUCCAAGUCAGCUAAUCACGGCCAGACCAAAUAAAACCGCCGGUUUCAUCGACGAAUGUGCUCUUAUAAAGCAAAAAUAAAUAUAUAUGUAAGGUUGCUAUCGAAGUAUAGUCACAAAACCAAAAAUGAUUAUAUGUUAAACAUAUAAGAUUAGUAAUUUGGUUCGGCAUGAUUAUAUGAACCAUAAUAGUCAAAGAACCAUAAUCGUCAAAAAACCAAGACUUAACCAAACAUGUAUCUCGCGAAUGGUUUAAGUGAGUAAUCGGAUAUAAUACUUAUGUAGAGAUAUAAAGCAUAAUAUAUGAGAGAAAUGUUAGUCUAGUGUAUAAUGGCAAACUAUGUAAAUAGUCUAGUGAGAAGAGGGCAAUUAAUUAAUAGGGGUGAGAGUGAUUGUAGUGUUGCCACAUAAGAAAUGGCAUUCUUGUUAAUAACACAUUAGAGGAAGGUUACAUUCAAAUAAUGCUCCUCAAAUAAUAAGAAAGAGAUUAUUCCUCGACAAGAGUUUGAAUAUACAUAAUAUCAAGGGAUUAACUAAGAGUGCCAGAUUUUAAAGUAUUUAUUAAAAGUAACCAGAAAAGCAUAUUCAUUGUUUCCACUACAAUAUUAUCAGCAAUCAAUCUUAUUUUUGGCAAUCAAUAUCAGAUAGUUGAUUUUUAUUUGUGUACUUUAUUCAUAUAUAUUCUCAAGAAAAAAAAUACAACUAACUUCUUUUUGUCAACAAUUAGAACUAUUGUUUUAAUACUUUGAAAAGUAAUUACGAUUUUUUUUUGAUAAUCGUGGAGAUCCCAAAAACUUUAUACUUUUAUAAACCCAUGAAACCUUACAUCCUAAUACCAACUAAUCCAUCUAAAUGGCACGAUUAGUCUACUUGUUGACAAAAAGAACUAUUGUUUUAAUACUUUGAAAAGUAAUUAAGCCGAGAAGACUUGGUUAGUAAUUACAAGUUCUUUAUUGCAUCAAACUUCAAUCAGUUUCUAAUUCAUAAUUUCAUGAGUGACAUCAAAACUAUAAUUCCGCAGCUCUAUCCAGUUAAUCCAAAAGUGAUUAUAGAAUGUAUUGCUACAGAUUUAUCCAUUUUAUAAAUGUAUUGAUAUCUGUUAAUAAUUUUGUUAAAAACUGGAGUAUAAGUUUUUUAAAAAUGGUUCUCUUUUAGCAAAAAAAAAAGUUUCUCAAAAACAAAACAUAACGAAAGUUUAUGGUUGUAAGAAAAGCAUAAACAAUUAUUGGAAUAUUUUAAGAAAUGUCAACUAUAUUAGAACAGGUAGUCUAUUCCAUUCAGGAAUCAUAUACAUACCGCAAGUAAAGUUAUGUAAAUUUUAAAAUUGUCUUUAUCAGAAGAAGAAUGAAAAAUUGACAUGAUAGCUAUUAAAAUAGAUUUUGACUUUUGCGUUUGAUCAAUGAUCACUUUCUAAAUCCUAAACUAUGGGGUUGACUUAGACCAUGAUUAACCCGGAGUUCUUAGAGUGGAGUUCUUAGCGCAAGUUAAGAAACUGUUCUUAACUUUUAACUAAAAAAACUAAGAACCAGUUCUUAAAUAAGGAUUUUUUGAUCUUUGCAGGUUCGUCCACACCCGGGGUUCUUAGAGUGGGGUUUUUUGAUCCUUUUUAAUGUAAAUUUUGCAAACGGUCCACUGGACUAAAACACCUAAAAUUUUAUAAAUCAAUUUACAUUGAAAAAGAUAAAAAAUUAAUUAAAAUUUUAUUUUUUAUUAAAAUCUUGGUAAAAUAUUUAUGACCUCCAACAAAUUAGGGACUUCCCUACAGGAAGGCUUAACUAAUAGCUAACUAACCGCCGAACAAAUUACUUUACGAUCAAGCGCAUAUCUGUGAUUUCAUAUAGAUAUCCCGCUUCUUUCUCUCUUCUUCAUCGUCUUAAAAAAACCUCCCUUCGACGAUGAUUUGAUGUUUUUGUAUUGGAGCCGGUUCUGAGCCAAAUCGCCUCAAAUCUCUAAUUUUUUUGAAAAAGUUAUAUAUAUAUAUAGACCCACAAAUUUAUGAAAAGAAAUUACACUCAGACUAUUGAAAUCUUUAUUAAAUCGUCUGUAGCCCCCAAAAUCUCAGCCCGGCCAUUGCUCAAGUUAUCGAACAACCUUUACUAACUCCACUAAGAUUUCUACCAACAUUCUUGCCCCUCCUCCGAGAGAAUAAUCAUCAAGGCAAUCAGAGAAUCCGUCAAUGCUCCGAAGAUACACAAAAUUGUUCCUACGUAACUUUGCCAUGUCCACGAUAAAACCGUCAAGUUAUCAUGUCUCGACUGGUCUUCUUUACCACUUUUUGUUUCGUACUUCCUUUCCAUUUUGUGAGAGUCAUUGUCAUGCCUGGCCCGUUGUCUAUGGGCGCCUAAAACCCAAAACUUUUAAACACAAGUUACAAAAAUGUAUUUUUUUUCUAAAAUGAGGAGCUCCUGAUUCGAACCCUGCCCAUUAUGUUAUCUCCAACCACUAGGCUACAAGCAAUUCAUUGAAAUGCACUAAGUAUUUAAAAUAAUUAUAGCGACUACAGCAUGGGCUUUACUAACUUUAUCCCAGGGCUGAUCCUGGUCAUUGUGUAUAUCCACGACCAUUUAAAGUAAAACAUCAAAUCUGAGAUUCUAUAGUUGCAAAAAUAAUAUGAUGUCGUAAUAUUCUCUUGGAUAAACUUUACAGACAUUUUAUCUUCUAUGAUUUUUUUAGUAUAUGUAAUAAAUGAAUUUAUAUUAUUUACUUUUUUCAUCUUUGCUUUAGUUUAACUAGGUAAAGAACCCGUGCGAUAUCGCACGGAACUCAUUUUAUAAAAACAAAUAAGCUAUAUUUUCAAUAAAAAACUUGUUUUUUUUUAAAACUUGUUACAAUUGCUUUCGAAAAAAUACAUGUAUUACAUAAAUAUCUUGCAUGCAGUUAUAUUUGUCUAUUGAUAAUAUAUGUAUUUUGCAUUAAUAGUUUUGUGCUUAACUGAAAAUUUGGGGCUAAACGACCAAAACAAAUAGUGUGAAAUUCAGAAAAUACAAAUAUUAAAUAUAUUAAUUUUGUAAAUAUAUAAUAUUAUCAAAUGAAUUAAAUUACUCAGCAAAUAUAACAACAAGAUUAUUUUUUAUAUAAUCUUAAAGAUUAUUUAAAAUGUAGAUAAAUAGAUAUAAAAUAAAUGAAAAAGUAUUUUUUGAAAAAUCUAUACAAUUUUUAGAAUGAGAAGACACAUCCUUAAAUAUUUUUACAUUCUCUUCAAACUAAUAAAAUUUUCCGAAUUUAUAUGUUUUUGCCAAGAUCUUUAAUGAACUUUUAAAAAUGAAUCUCUCUUUUCCUAAUUUAUUUUGUGAUUGUUAUGAUUUUUAUUUUAGUUGUGAUUAUUAUUCUUAUUUUUUUUUAUUUAGAGGGCUAAGGGUUUUAAUGGUUGACAACCAAACAUUACAAUGGCUAGUUAGUGGUUACAAUAGAUAACACGAAAAUUCAAAAUAGCUCAUCGCCGAGUACUACAAUCACCAAAUGCUACAAUUACCAACAAUUACAAUGGUUCAUUGCCAAAUAUAUUGCAAUGGUCCAUCACCAAUAGUUAAAAUCAACAACAUAUGUAACAUUUCAUUUAGUUAGUUUCAAUAGUUCAUUUAGAUAAUUGCAAUAAUUAAUUUAAACGAUUUCAAAGAAUGACUUAAUUCAUUUAAUUAGAUAGUCUAUUAAUAAAUAGUACAUAUAUCAAACUUAUGCAUAUAAGUUAUAAUGUACAUAAAUAAAAAAAUAUAUGUUCAUGGUUUAAGUUUUCUUAAUAUUAAUCUAUUAAUAAAUAAAAUUAUCUAAACAUGACCUAUAAUUUUUUCUUUAAACGAAUAAAUGAAACCGGAUGAGAACAAAAUAUCCACACCAAAGCAUGAUAUUACAAACCAUGAAAUAUAAUUGAAAACCAUAUAGAUAAUUUUCUUCAAAUAUAUAAUAUUAUAAUAAUUAUUAAAUUACACAACAAACCGAAUUAUUAGAAUAUUUCAGAUAUUUAUAAAUUUAUAACAACAUUGUCAUGAUCAAUUUUUUUAAUAUAAUCUAAAAGCAUGAAAAUAUAAGACAUGAAUCAUGUGUUAGUGGAACAUAUAUAAUAAGAAAUGCAGUUUUCCAAAUAAAAUAAAAACGUGUUUUCCAGUUUUUUGUCAAAUAUAUCUUAAUUUUCAUUUAGUAAAACAAAAUUAAGACUAAUUAUUUCAUUAUUUCAUUUAAGAUUUUUUGCUACCCAAACUCAAAUGACUCUUAAAAUUACUAAUUGUAGAAAGACAUUUAUUAAGAUAUUAUAACUGUUUUUAAAAGAAUUUUCUUGUUAAGAUGUUAUAAAUAAUUUAAAAAAAUAAUAAUAAGUGCGUGUUAAAUAAAUACAAAAGGACACUUAUUGUGAAUUUUAACUAUUUUAAAAAACAUUUCUAAUAGUUGCACAUUGGAAAAAUAAAAAUAAUCAUUGUUUUUUUAAUGAAAAGACACAAUUUUUGUAAUAAAAAGAUGCAACUUUUAAAGUUAUUAAUUGUAGAAAGACUCUUAUUAAUAUAUUAUAACUGCUUUUUAAAAGAAUUCACUUGUUAAGAUGUUAUAACUAAUUAAUUUUUUUUUGUAUAUUUGCAUGUUGAAAAAAUGCAAAAAAAAACUUAUUGUGAUAUUUUAAUUAUUUUAAAAAACGUUUCCAAUAGUUGCAUGUUGGAAAAACAAAACUAACCACACUUUUUAUGAAAUACACAAUAUUUAUUAUAAGAAAACAAAACUCUUAAAAUUAUUAAUUGUAGAAGAAAACUAUUAAUAUACUACAUAACUACUUUAAAAAAGAAUCCAAUAGUUACGUGUUGAAAAAAAUAAAUCUAAUUUCAGUUUUUGUGAAAAGACACAACUCUAAACAUUAAAUGGGAUUGGGUUAACUGUCUAAAACCUCCUCUACUAAACAAAUCAACACUCAUUCCCCCAAACUAUUGUACUCGUCGAAAACCCACUUAUAUUAUUUGAUACAAAUAAGUUUCUAACUAAUUCCACAUUUGGAAUUGAAAACAUGAAAUGUCGUUUAAUUCUCCCUAAUGGCGUCUGGUUACGAUUACCCAUAAUCCAAAAUCCGAUCCGAUACAAACUACAAAUAAACGUCGCCUUGGGCCCUUUCCAGCGAAUCUCCACCGUCAAUCUCUCCUUCUCCGGCUCCCUCGCCAGAUCCCACCCUUCUAAUCUCCUCACGGAUAGCUUCACCACGUAUUUCCUCGUAACUAACGGCGGCCAUGGCCGCCACUUCAUCAUCAUCACCACCAUUGUAACUCCUAAGCGACGUCACGAAAAGAGAGAUUGAAGAGACGUAAACAAACUCUUUCUCAAGUAGUUGAGAAAAAAACAAGGGAAAUAAAAAAAAAGUUUUUUUUUAUUUAGCUUGUUGAUUUAGAUCAAUGCCCAGAAAUAGAAAGCACGUUUUAGACACAGGAAGCUUUUAGGAUGUGGUUUCUAUCUUGGAUAGAUUAAAACUUGGAAGUUUAGCUUCUUCUCUCGUAAAGAUGAAAAAGUUUAUGGUGCGAAGAGAGAAGAGAGAGAGAGAAAGUGGAGACACAGAACACAGCACAAGCGUGUAGACACAGAGAGACAACAAAGAAAAGUGAAAAGAAAGAUCAUAGCUUCACAGAUCUGUCCCUCUUUCUCUAACGAACGAUAGACUCGUUGGAAUAAACCAGCAAACCGGAGUUAAAAUGUAUUGGUUAGAGGCGCAUGCCAUUCUUUAUUCUAUGUCCAUCGCACUUUAAGACAUCCUCCAAACAUGUGACACGAUCGAUCCUAUCGUUACAAGAUCACGCAUACAAGUCAGUUUGAAUUUCUAAAAUCUAAAUGAUGGUUUUAUGCGACAACGUUUGACAACUAAUGUGCUUUAUGCCACUGGAGUGCGGUGGUCACUGGUCCUAGCUAUUCUUCACACUAAAGGAACAAGCAGUAUCUAAUGCAUCACGAUUCAUGCAUGAUCAUUCUUUUUUCUAUCGCAUAAUAAUUUAGCCAACCCACUUUAUAUAUAUCAGGAGGAAUUCUUAAAUUGUGAUUAGCAUGACUCGAGAUUCAUUGACUUGUUUCACACAUCACAGCCACGUGCCUAUUAUUUAAUUUGCUCAUGAGUUAUGAAGCCUAUCUGCUUUAUUUAAACACGACGAAUACCAUUGCGAUUGCUUUAUUAAAAGAAAAAUAACAAUAAAAUAUGAGAGAAACGAAGAAGACAAUGCUUUCCAGAUUUCAAGUGAAAGAAAUUAAUUUUUUUUCUUUAGUGUAUUGUUUAGUUGGAGACAGACCUUUUCAUCUAAUUGUUUCGUUUAGGAUUUUUGGCUAUCCAAACACGUAAAACUUGUCCUACUAUUUUUUGUUGACAAUGUUUUAUUUGAAUAUUUUCUAAAAAAUUUGUAAGCAAAAAUCUGCAUAGAAGUUUUUUUUCACCAUUUUAUAAUUAGUGCAAUUAGUGCAAAUUUUACUUUGACAAAUGCAUAGACAUCGACUAUUUAUAUUUUAAAAAUCUAUUUGAAUAGUUACAUCUUUUCAGUUUAAAUAGUCACAUCUUUUUGAUUUAAAAAUAAUUAUUUUAAAAAGAUAUUUAUAUGAAUAGUCACAAUUUUUCACUUUUAAAAAUAUACUUAUAUGAAUUUUAGAAAAGACACAACCUUUUACACAUCUUGUUAAAAAGACACAACAUUUCAACAUAAGUAGAUUCACAACUUUUAGAAUUAAUCAGGAUUGCUAUUAUUAGUAGAUAGAGACAAACAAAUCACCAAGAUUUAAUUAUCAUUUUGUACAAAAUAUCUAAUUUGUAAAACCAGGAAUUAAUUAUCAUUUUAUACAAAAUUAAUAAAUCCUUUUCAUUGAUAUGAAAUUGUGUCAACAUAACAACGAGUCGACAUUAGAGGAAACAAAAUAUUCUGGGAAGUAGUCCUCGUUUAGAUAUAUUUAGAAUGAAAAAAAGAGGAACUAAACCAAUGUAUCAAUACUUAACCACAAGACUAAACCAACAUAACUGAAACAUAUAUAACCGGAUAAAUGGCUUCACUGAUAAUAUUUAAGAUUAAUUUUGUCAUUUUGUGUGUUUCUUUUAGGAACUUUAUAGUUUACAUAUCUAACUGUUGAUUAUUGACUAUUUUUGUUUACUUUUUUUCUGUCAACUAUACUUUUGUUUAUUAUGUACGCACUAGACUAUAAUUUCCUUGCUAAAAGUUUUGAGUCUUUGAAAAUCACUUACAAUUUUAAGAUGGUGUUUCUAUUGAUAGUUCAUGGAUAAAUAUAUUGAAUUUUAUUUACCAUAACUAGUAUGUUUAAAAGUUGAUAAUAGUUAAUAUUUAUCAAGGUAAUCAAGAUUAGUAAAGCUUGUUUUUUCGUUUUUUUUUUGGUUUAGUAAACUUCUUUUUGUUCAUCAAUUAUAUCAAGAUCUUCAAGAAUAGUAUAGAUUUCUUACUAUAUCAAGAUCUUGGGAGAGUUAUAAAAAUACGAUCAACAAAAACAAAACUUCAUUAUCAUCACAAUGAAGCGUCUUCUUCUGCAGCUGCUUGCCCUCUGGAGCUUUUCUCUAUCAAGUUUUUUUUUUUUUGGAUGUGAAUCAACGUUUGUACCGUAUGAUUAUUCUGCAACCGUAGAGUGUCUAGAUAAACCUUUAAAACCACAGUACAAUGGAGGAAUCAUCGUGAACCCUGACCUACGAGAUGGUCCACAAGCUUGGUUACCAUUUGGAAACGCAAAAAUCGAAUUUAAAGAUAUUGGACACGAUAAAUUUGUUGUUGCACGAGAGAGGAAACAGCCUCAUGACAGCGUCUCACAGAAGGUUCAUCUGGAAAAGGGACGUCUCUACACUUUUUCUGGUAAAAAUAAAUAUAUGUUUUUCUGUUUCUUGGAGCAAACUCUUUCGAAUUUUGUAAACCCUGUCAUAACAAUGGCCUGCUUUGUUUUUAUGUUCCUCAUAGCUUGGCUACAAGUAAACAACGGAAAGGCUCCAGUGAGUGCCGUUUUCAAGACGAACGGUGAAUAUAAGCAUGCAGGUUCGGUCAUUGCUGAAUCCAAAUGUUGGUCCAUGCUCAAAGGUGGUCUCACUGUUGAUGAAUCUGGCCCUGGCGAACUCUACUUCGAGAGCAACGACACAAGGGUUGAAAUUUGGGUAGAUAGCGUCUCACUGCAACCAUUCACACAAGAGGAGUGGAAGUCUCACCAAGAUCAUAACAUUCAUAAGGAGAGAAAGAGAACCGUGAGAAUCAGAGUCGUAAACAGCAAAGGCGAACCAGUGCAGAAGGCAAGCCUUUCCAUCGAACAGAGGAAACUCGGCUUCCCAUUCGGCUGCGAGGUAGAGAAGAACAUACUUGGGAACCACGCAUACCAAAGCUGGUUCACUAAAAGGUUCACGGUGACAACUUUCGCCAAUGAAAUGAAAUGGUACAGCACCGAAGUAGUUAGAGGCAAAGAGGACUACUCGAUCGCUGAUAAGAUGUUUAGAUUUUUCAAGAAGCACGGGGUCGCUGUACGUGGUCACAAUAUUGUAUGGAGCGACCCAAAGUAUCAAACUAAAUGGCUAAACUCUCUCUCUGGUCGCGAGUUCUACAAUGCAGUGAAACAAAGGGUUUCAUCUGUGGCUUCACGAUACAAAGGCCAGCUUGAGGGUUGGGACGUUGUGAAUGAGAAUCUUCAUUUCUCGUACUUUGAGAAAAAGAUGGGUCCUAAGGCUUCUCGUAACAUCUUUAAGAUGGCUCAAGCAUUUGAUCCAACGACAACUAAGUUUAUAAAUGAGUACAAUACGUUAGAGGAACCGAGGGAUUUAGAUUCUAGUCCAGCAAAGUUUUUGAAGAAGCUUAGGGAGCUUAAAUCUAUUGUGGUUCGUGGAAAUAUAUCGUUAGGGAUUGGUCUUGAGUCUCAUUUUAAGACUCCUAACAUUCCCUUUAUGAGAUCAGCUCUUGACAUUCUUGGUGCCACUGAUUUGCCUAUUUGGCUCACUGAGGUCGACGUAGAAGCUCCUAAGAAUGUUCAGGCCAAGUAUUUCGAACAGGUACUAAGGGAAGGCCACGCACAUCCUCGUGUUAAAGGAAUAGUGACAUGGGCAGGUUAUUCACCAACAGGUUGUUACCGAAUGUGCCUCACUGAUGGAAACUUCAAGAACCUACCCACCGGUGAUGUGGUGGACAAACUUCUGCAUGAAUGGGGAGGCUUCCGCCGACAAACCAAAGGUCUCACUGAUGCUGAUGGAUUUUUUGAAGCCUCACUCUUCCAUGGUGACUAUGAUUUCAAGAUUGAUCAUCCUCUCACCAAUUCAAAAGCUUCCCACAGCUUUAAGUUGGUUUCUGAUGUCUCCUCAAACACUCAACCAUCAUCUUUUGUCUUUCGUCUUUAAGUAGCGCUUGCUUCUAAGUAAGAAUAGUGGCAGAUAUAUAGUAUGUUUUGUUAUUAGUCUAGACAUGGUGUAUAUAUAUAUCUGUGUCUGCCGAAACCCCCGAGUGCUAAUCAUGAGCAUCCUUGGGCUG